GAGACCCCUAGGCGCUGCGCCCUAGACACCGAGGCCUUCAGGGGCGUGGGGCCGUCGCGGGUCGCCGCAGCCCUUGGGGCGGGGCAGCCCCAGCCGCGGGGCGAUCUCCAAGCGGAGAUCUCCAAGCGCUGUUCUGCUGGGCCGCGGGCCAGGAGGGGAGGGUCUGGCCUUGCCCCGCAUGCGUCCAUUGGCCGCUUCCUGGAGCCUCCGCACCAUGCCGCGGGCCCUGUGAGUCGCCGCUGGCUCGGGAGCCCGCUGGUGCCCGCGGGUGCGCCAGGGGAGGGGGCUCUGCGCUCGCCAUGUUGCGAGGGCCCCAGGCCUUGGCUCCGGCCUCUGGGCCGUCUCUGAAGGGGUUGCCCGCGAUGAGCCCCACCGAACUGUGGCCACCCGGCCUCCGCAGCCCCCAGCUCUGCCCGGUCACCACCACCUACUACACGUCGCUGUACCCGCAGACUGUGCCUCCGGCCGCCGUGCCCGGCACCUGCCUCGACGCCACCCCCCACGGACCGGAGGGCCAAGCUGUGCGAUGCGUGCCGGCUGGCCGGUUGCCGGCCAAAAGGAAGCUGGACCUGGAGGGGAUCGGGAGGCCCGCGGUCCUGGAAUUCCAGACUCCCAAGAGGAAGCACAUUAGAGUGGAUGGCCUCCCCAGCCCUAAAACGCCCAAGUCCCCGGGGGAGAAGACUCGGUAUGACACAUCCCUGGGGCUGCUCACCAAGAAGUUCAUUUACCUCCUGAGCGAGUCCAAGGACGGGGUCCUGGACCUGAACUGGGCUGCGGAGGUGCUGGACGUGCAGAAGCGGCGCAUCUAUGACAUCACCAACGUGCUGGAGGGCAUCCAGCUCAUCCGCAAGAAGGCUAAGAACAACAUCCAGUGGGUAGGCAGGGGAAUAUUUGAAGACCCCACUGGGCCCAGGAGGCAGCAGCAGCUGGGGCAGGAGCUGAAGGAGCUGAUGAGCACGGAGCAGGCCUUGGACCAGCUCAUCCAGAGCUGCUCUCAGAACUUCAAGCACCUGACGGAGGACAAGGCCAACAAGAAACUGGCCUACGUGACUUACCAGGACAUCCGCGCUAUUGGCACCUUUAAGGAACAGACAGUGAUCGCUGUCAAGGCCCCUCCGCAGACGAGGCUGGAAGUGCCCGACAAGAGUGAGGAGAACCUGCAGAUAUACCUGAAGAGCACGCAGGGGCCCAUCGAAGUCUACCUGUGCCCGGAGGAGAUGCAGGAACCAGAUAGCCCUGCCAAGGAGCCCAUCCCCUCCACGUCCACCCUCAGCCCCAGCCCCGACUCUGCCCAGCCCAGCAGCAGCACCAACCCUGGCAUUCUGGAACCCACGGCAUCCCCAGCACCGUCGCCGACUUCCCAGCAGGAAGCUGUGCUGCCGCUGCCUCCAUCCCUCGUCCCUCUGGAGGCCACCGACAGCAUGCUGGAGCUGCCGCACCCACUCCUGCAGCAGACCGAGGACCAGUUCCUGCCCCCAGCGCUGACAGACAGCUCGCCUCUGAUCAGCUUCUCUCCGCCCUUGGACCAGGACGACUACCUGUGGGGCCUGGACGAGGGCGAGGGCAUCAGUGACCUCUUUGACUUCUAUGACUUCGGGGACCUGCUGAUUAAUUGAGUGACCCUGCCCACCCCCAGCAGCCUGCCACUGUCUCUACCUCCUUGCAGACGGACUGACAGGCCCUCUGCCUGCACUGGGACACUGGCCGCUAGGUGUUACCCUUCCAGUACGGGGGUCUCCUCUCCUUCCUGCCCCCCGCCCCUGCACCAGCCGAGGCUGCCUGGGAAGGUCGUGGAGGGUGCGGGUGAGGAUUGUGCCAGGGUCUGAGUACGGUCCUUCCUAGUGGAAGCUGGGCCUGCAAAGGCCCAUUUAGCCUUCUGACCUCUCACGUGAAGGGCCACAGAUGAGGUGACUAGGUCCGGGGCAAGGCCCUGCCACGGCCUUCUAAGGGGUAAUUAGGACCCUCAAUGUAUUGGAAAGCACUUAAUGCCUUGUGUAUUUAUUUCAGGUUGACUUUAGUCUAUGUGUCUUCCUUGAGUUUUAGCAGGGACGUGUUCCGGUCAGGCUCCUCAGGCCCACACUGACCGCUGUCCAAGGGCAGCCCUGGGCUUGCAGGCACCCAGGCCAACUCCCUGACCCCCCAUCGUGGUGGCAGCUGGGUCUCUGAGUCGCCGUCCCAGGACCGUUCAUUGCACUUAGGUUCCUAAUUCUAGUAAGUGGCGGCUGAGGGCCCAGCCGUGGCCGCCUGGCCUCCUCUGUCCCAGAGGUGGUUGCAGGGAGCCAUCCCAGCUCAGGCGGCACUGAGGCUCCUGGGAAACAGGACCAGCCAAUAAGGAGCCUCCCUCCCUGUGGAAUUCCUUAUAUCCUUCCCUUAGAACGUAAAAAAUGGUCCUCGGGGAGAUGCAGAGCAGAGCUGCGGAGGACGUGCGGACAGGAGUGUAGAAGCAGGUUGAACGGCCCUUGCAGGCACUGCCCCUCCGCUUGGGCCUUUGCCUGGGACAGGGGCUGUUGCACAUGGAGGACCUGGGGGACAGGGCAGCCGCACAACAGAGAAGGGUGAGAUGAGACCGGAAAUUGCCAGAACACGCCCCUCUGUAGCUGCCGGUAUCCUCCUCUCCUUCCUUGGAAAGAUUUUGGGUUUUUUUGCCUCGUUUGUUAAAGGGGGUGAUUCUUUAAGGACUUCCCCUUCCCCCCCAGCUCACACAUGGACCCCCAGGGACAGAGGUGACCAGGACUUGAUGGCAUGUUGGCUCCUUUUGUCAGGAAUGCAGAAGUGACAUGGAGGGUCUUCCCUGCAGACCAGACUAGGCAGCUAAUGAGAUGGGCUCGUGUUACCUCUUCAGACCUGGAGUUCUAGGGUCUUUGGCCUCCCCCACCCUAACCCCCAGGGGCUUGACCAUCCCACCUUGUCCUUGUAACCCAGCUGGGUGGGGGGCUGUCGGCUCUCCUCCCCCACCCAGCCCGGGGUGGGGUGCCCUGGGCUGAACCACGGCUGUGCCUUCCGGAGGGAGGCGGCCAGGGGCAGUGGUCUGAGAGGCCCACUCCCCACCUCAGGGAGCAGUUUUCUCAGGGGCUCAGCUGGGCAGCACUUUGUUUUUCCUACGUUUGUAGCAUUAAGCUAGUUCAUAGUAUGAAUUCAGCCUUGUGUGAUUGCUCUCAAAGUGAUCUAUAGGCCUCUGAAGUUUGGGGGACAGGGUCCAAGGCAACUAAUGCCCAGCUGGGUGCAGUUGGGCCCUGUCAUUUGCAGGUCAAAGGCACCCAGCUCUAUAAACAGGGCUAACCUAUAAUUUACAGAAAUGCCUUUGGUCUCCCCUCCCCCACAGCUCCACGGGGCAUUUGCAGCCCAGCCAGCUGCCUAGGACCACCUUGGCCCUUGCGGGUCUGGUCGGGGCCUGUGGGGCUGGAGAUGGCCGAGCCACUGGGCUGCCGUUUGUCCACUCACCAUCUCUGAGGACAGGCAUGUUUGAUUUUCAUGCCUUGGGCUCUAUCUAGAGCUUUCUCCUAGAAUUGAAUCAGAAAAAAAGGAGUAAGAGGCCUGCAGGGUCCACUGGGAAUGAGUUUAAUGCUGAAAUCUGGCCGGAAUACAAGCUCUUUCUCCAGAUGCCCAGCAGCAGGGUUGGACCCAGGGGCUUCCCCGUGGGCCCAAGGCCUGUCGCCUGAGCAGCUUCCCCGGUCACCUCCUGUGUGGUCCCCUGCCUGGCCCCGGGGCUGGGCCACCCAGACCCAUUCUCAGGCUCGGUGUAGGAAAUGAGUUUGAGCCUCUUUCUUACCAGUGACACUUGAAACCCCCCCAAGUUCACUGAAGUGCUUUAAGAAUGCAUUUUGAAGGGUAUUUUUCCUUUAGGGGCCAGGAAAACAUUGAAACUAGGGCAGAAGAAAAGCCAGUUUCUUCCUAAGGUACAUUAUUUCUGCCAGGAAGUUCCUCAGCCCCCAAGUCACCUGUGUUCCCAGGGACAUCAAAGACUCAGGGCCCCAGGGAACCCAGUAGUAUUACAUUGUUGGAUAGAGUCGGAUUCUAAGAAAUUCCUUAAAACCAGGGACAUGCUCCCGUGUCCCUUCCGUUGACAGUGUUGGCUAGACCAGAGUGGCGUCCCCUCCCCACCGCAGUGCUGGUCUGGCCAGCACAGCUACAGGAAAAGGGGAGAAGAAGCUCACAAAACUGGCUCUGGGAAGGUUCAGGCUUCAUUUUCUCUCCCCAAGUGUUUCCAGCAUCAGUUCUGCACAGUGUUUAGUGUCUUUAGUGAAAGAGUUUUCAUGUCCUGUGUCUGAGCGUUGUGUGGCUUAGCACAUUUGAAGUGGAAGCCUUUUGGGGUUGUUUACAAGCAGCUAUCUGGUUCUUGUCAUUGUGCUCCAGGGUCCCCUGGGACCCUGUUCUCCCGAGAGGACCCUCAGUAACCAGAAACCUGGCCAGCCUGGGUGAGUGAAGAAGCCUUGUGUGAGGCAUAUGGGUCUCGAGGGCAAACAAACCCGAGGGAGCCCGGCCUUGGUGCGGGGACUCUGGAUGGGUCACUUACCUCUGACCUGCGUUUGCCCUGGGUCCUACUUUGAUGAGCGCCGUGUAAACCUCCCUGUGUGUGAUAAUUGGGCAUUAAACAGCAACUU